AUGAAAAGGACGUUCGCGACCACGCUGAGUCACCUAACAAAGCAGAAGCCAGCAGACUUGCGAUCGACACUGAAGUUCCUGACGCAAGCUGGCAAAGGGACGACGCUUACUUCCCUUUUCGAAAAUGGGAAGACGGAGGCCUCCCACAUCAAACAUAUUGUAGAUGUUCUGAACAAUGACCUACCUGACGUGGAGCUCAACAAGAAGCGUGUGGAUGCACACUACGAUAUCCUUAUGUCCAGGCUCAAGCAUGUCGUGGAGAAGUCUAUAUCGGGCGAUGACCUGUCCGGUGCGAGAACAGCGCCAGGAACCUCUUCGCAGCUCAGCUUUCAAGAGAAGUUCGCGAGGUGCCACACCAGCGAGAGCCUCUACAGUCUUUUGCUAGAGCUACAAGUGGCACAUAAGCUUUCACGAGUGGCUAUGGCCAAAAUUGUCAUGAACCGGAACUUUACGCAUUUGAAGCAGGUUAGCGAGAACUUGCCAGGCUUCAGCCAUGAGGUGGAGCUUGCUGUUAUGGUAGGCUAUAGACUGCGUGAUGCAGACUUGAAUGAGAUUUAUAAGACAUACAGCUCUAGAUGGACGGAUGAGUGGCACAACCUGACCCGCAUCGCGCAAAAUCUUGUCUGGAAGAGCGACCACCGUCUAGGAGGAAUCGCUGCCGUUACGCGGCGGAUGCAUGAGAUCAAGGACUGGAGCAGCGCCGACAUAAUCAGUUUGUACCAAGCCUUGUAUUCCGUGGCACACCAGCUGCCCGUAGCGUCGUCGGCAGAGCUCACUAAGGUACAACAGCUGUUUGUUGCCGCGUUGCGAGCCCUGUCGCGCGCCGUACCAACAUCCGAACAGGCUAAGAAGAACUGUUUCGCAGUGGUGCGUGCGAGCCUGGAAAACAAGUUGAGUGCUGAGAGCAGUAAUAGCUCCGAGGCCGGCGCAUCCGUGUUCCAGUACAGGUUCAUGAGACGGCUAGACGAUUUGCUGCAGCUGUCCGCGCGCGACGCAAGGUUAGGGCCAGACGUCGGAACCGCAAUACAGGGUGUGCUGGACUCACUCCACCGCGAAGAGGAGCAAGCCCGCUCUCAAAUGGUGCUGAAGUUCAUAUGA